GAAGCCGCAGACUGACUAGCCGUGUAACACGAGAAGGCGGCUGUGGUCGAGUGGCAUGGAUGAGAGGGUUUUCAUGUGUCUUGUUAGAGGAAUCAGAAAGUACAGCAUUUACAUUUGAUAGAAGACAAGGCUGAAAAUGGCCCAUGUGGGAGCAGUAGUGGCUGCGGUAACUGGAGUAAUGGCCAUUCUCCUUCACUCUUCUAUUCACAAGAUUGAAGAAGGACAUUUAGCAGUUUACUAUAGAGGCGGUGCUUUGCUGACUACUCCAAAUGGUCCUGGAUUUCACAUAAUGUUACCAUUUAUUACUACAUACAGAUCAGUGCAGACAACACUGCAAACAGAUGAAAUAAAAAACGUGCCUUGUGGAACAAGUGGUGGUGUAAUGAUCUACUUUGAUAGAAUAGAGGUGGUCAAUAUUUUAGCUCCAAGUGCAGUGGUGGACAUUGUAAGGAAUUAUACUGCUGAUUAUGAUAAAACCUUAAUCUUUAACAAAAUACAUCAUGAGCUGAACCAGUUCUGCAGUAUCCAUACACUUCAAGAAGUCUACAUUGAAUUAUUUGAUAUAAUUGAUGAAAAUUUAAAACUCGCUUUACAGAAAGAUUUGAAUGUCAUGGCUCCUGGUCUCACAGUUCAGGCUGUACGUGUGACAAAGCCAAAAAUACCUGAGGCUAUUAGAAGAAACUUCGAACUAAUGGAAGCUGAAAAGACAAGGUUACUGAUCACUGCUCAGACACAAAAAGUUGUAGAAAAGGAAGCUGAAACUGAAAGGAAGAAAGCAAUUAUAGAAGCACAAAAGGUUGCUCAGGUUGCCGAGAUUCAAUUCAAGCAGAAGGUUAUGGAAAAAGAGACUGAAAAGAAGAUUUCUGAAAUAGAAGAUGCAGCAUUUUUAGCAAGACAAAAAGCAAGAGCAGAUGCAGAAUAUUACACUGCAGAAAAGAUGGCAGAAGCAAAUAGGAUGAAAUUAACCCCUGAAUACCUAGAACUGAUUAAAUUUCAAUCAAUUGCUGCUAAUAGUAAAAUCUAUUUUGGAAACAACAUCCCGGACAUGUUUGUGGACAGUGGUGCAUUUCAAGUGAAGAAAACACCAAAACAGGAGGACUCUACAUUUACAGAUGUCCAGGAAUCUCUCAGAAAAACAAAGAAAAAGGAAGUAAUGGAUGCAACAGCAGAUGCUUUUUGAUUAUACUAACUCUCUGACUGAGAAAUGGUGCAUAAUAUAUUUUCUGGCAUGCUAUUUUUUUUUAUUAAAGGUGGGUGAUUGUCCUUUUUGAUUUUAAAAAAGCUGAAUGUUUACAGUGGAUUUUGAGUUAUAUUGUACGAAUGGUGCCCUGUGAGUAGGUGUUUGUGAAUCUUUAAUUAUGUUGGCAUUUAACCCAUUUUUAGAUCUUGCCUCUAUGACUGCCAACAUGAGGUCUAAAGAAUAAAAAAAUUGUUGCCUUGUAAAUAAAUUAUUAAAAGGAUAACUUUUUUACAUUAUUAAGUUAAAAAUGUUUAAAUAAUGUAAAAUUAGAAAUAACAAAUAAAUAUUCACUAAUACAGGAUUAACCAUUGCUGCAAUUUUUUAAUUUAUUGAAUUUUGUUCAAAUAAUUAAAUUUUGCAGUGACAUCUCAUUUUAAAGAAUGAUAUAUAUAUAAUACAUAUAUACAGUGGUGCCUUGGUUUGCGAGCAUAAUUUGUUCCGGAAACGUGCUUGUAAUCCAAAGCACUCGUAUAUCAAAGCAAAUUUCCCCAUAAGAAAUAAUGGAAACUCAAAUGAUCUGUUCCACAACCCAAAAAUAUUCAUAUAAAAAUGAUUAAUACAAAAUAUUAAGUAAAAAUAUAUAAAACAAAUUAAUGGGCACUUUACCUUUGAAAAGAAUUGUGGUUAGUGUGAGGGAGACAAGAGAGAUGAGAGAGAGAGAAGAGGAGGAGGAGGAGGGUUAUUGUGUAGGACAACUUUCACUAUAACAGAAUCACUGCUGUCUGUUGGCUCACUGGAAUCUUUUUCUUUUUUGGCGACUUUUAACAAAGAACCUAUCCAAUGACAGUUGCUUUUGUCUCCUUUUGAGGAUUUUUGCGGAAAUGUGACAUUGCAUUGUCAUUAAACAGAUUCAUCACUUGCACACAAAAUAAAAAAAAUGCUUUACGCACACACACGUGGUCACAAUGCUAUAGUAAACAAUAUCCGCUUGUACGGAUGUUGACUAUGAGUAAGGCACGCGACUGAGACCGAGUAUGGGAGACGAUUACCCACAAUCCCAUGGAGAGAGAACAGCCAUCGGCUCAGCUGUGAUCGCAUGAUGCUCGGCAGGCAAAGCGUAUACAUACUAGUAGUAUUGCAAGACCUCCCUCAUUUAUCAAGUUAAAAUUUAUUAAAAAAUUUUGCUCGUCUUGCAAAACACUCGCAGACCAAGUUACUCGCAAUCCAAGGUUUUACUGUAUAUAUUUUGGUUGAUCUGGUAUACUAAAUUCUUCUUCUGGUAUAAAUUUCAUAACAGUUUUUACCAGUAUGCUAAAAAUAACUGAAAAACCUUUAAACACAUUUAAGCAGGAACAGGGAAAUACGAUUUUCUGUUGGUGUAUAAAUGUCAUAAAGAUAAAUUACUUUUAUGUGAACUAUGUGCCAGCCCCUUAAAGAAUAGUACCCUGAGUUCUGUGCAGCUAAACUUGAUUGGUAAGUCGAUGCAAACAGGCAGGAAGAAGCCUUUUCUUUCUUGUACUAUAUUUGGCAGAGAGAGGGGAGUCAGUACUGUUCUUUGAGUUUGAGUAGCAGAGUGGUAAUAAAAGUUUCGAUUGGUAAGAGUUGUCAUGCAAACAUGCAUAGUUACAAUAAUUUGUUAAAAAUACCUUUUGGUGUGUACAAAUACAUUAUACCUGAUUAGUCUGCACAAUUACUGUAGUACACUAAUUGUUCAAAGUAUAUGUUUCAAUCUAAAAGUAUAAACAAAUACAUUACACUGGUAUCUACUGAAACGGUCAGUUUUUAAUUGUACUGUGAUUCAGGUUUUUGGCCACAUCGCUCAGUCCAUUUAUUAAAUAUCUGUUCAAGAAAAUACAUUUUAACUAUACUUGGAUGUUUUUUUAUGUCUUCCUAAGGUAACAUAUAUUAAUUUAAGUUUGAAAAUGUAAAAACCAGCUAAAUGUUAAUUUUAAUGUGUUAACAAUUAACCACUAUGUUUUCUCUGAUUUUUCUAUUUGAGGACAGUAGAAAAUGUCUUCUCUUUUCAAGAAAAUUAGCACACAUAAAUUAGUAUUAGUAUUUUCCAUAGUAAGGAAUUGGAUCAUCUUUUUGACAUUUAUUUAAUGAAAGCAAUAAAUUGUAGUAUAGUGAUAAAUGAUGAUUUGCAUUCAAACUGUGAAAAAAAAAUUACAUAUACUAAAUAUGAACUGUAUUAUGCUUAUAAAGUUCAAAAACAAUGGUGCAUCACAAGAAUUAAAUGCAUUUUUAAUUUAAUAUUUUUCUUGUAACUGGAAAUCAAAUGUACUUUGUUAGAUAUUCAUAAGAAGGGUAUUUUUCUUUGAAGGAAUAUUGACCAUUUAUUUUAGAUAUAAAAUAUUUUGCACAUACUCUUGGUAUAGCAUAUAAGGAGUGUGAAAUAAUUGCAUAAAACUGAUCAGGCUUAGUAAGUUUUUAACAUGACUAAUACAUAAUAAGAUGAUGAAUCCAUUGGGUUCAGACUCUGCAUCUGUCAUAACUGAAUUUCUUUUCAUAAAUGCUCACUAGGGAGAAAACAAUAUGAAAAAAUCAGUAAGUGAUUACUAAAUACUAAAGCAAAAACGAGUCAUGAAAAUGCCAACAAAAGCUUCAGACAAUACAGACUGUGCUGCAUAUAGGCAGCUAUAACUGUGUUCGCAAAGUUAUUUUAAAAUAAUUUCUUCUACAGUAUUUUCUGUAACUUACUUUUCCUCUCCUGAAAAAGUGGGUUAAAAUGAUUUAUUUUUUAGAACCAUAAACCCUUUUAAUUAACAGGCUUUGUCUUAAGGCCCAUGUCACAUUAGGUGAAUUUUCUUGUGAUUUUAUUUUAGCUUUAGCCUUGUUUUAUAUAAUGUUAGUGAGUCUGAGGCAAUAAGUGGCACACUCCCGUGUCAUAUAGUUUGACAUAAUGCCCAUGACUUGCCUCGACAUAAUCAAACAGGUUUGAUUUUGUGUUUAGUCAUAGUAAUCGUAAGGUCAGAAUCUGUGUGCAUGUGAGCUGACAACCAGUGAAGUACCAUGCAUAUAAUACAGCAACGGGGAAUAAGGAACACUGGUAUUUUCAACCUCAGAAACAAAAGAGUAGCAAGCUAGUCUGUUUUAUGUCUCAUGUUUUACAUACCACAACCAAAUAGGAAAAAAUGAAAAAUAUUCGUACAGCACCGGCUCCAUCAGCUAGCAUGAUAUUGGUUAUCAGUAAAAGGCAUGAGCACGACUUUGCUUGCAAGUUUAGUCUGACUAACCCACCAACUAGAAGUCGUGUAUGUUACAUUGGUUUUAGAUGUGGCUAUCUUUAUUUGCACUUUGGAUGUAAUUACUGUAGUGCUUUAGAUUAUAAGUCCUAACAUUUUCCUUGCUUUGACCAAAUUAUAAAUUGUAAUGCAAUUGUGCUAAAACUGAGUUUCCUCCAUGUGUGUAAUUAGGGAAAUUUCCAGUUUAACCAUCUAAAGGAACUGACGGUCCUUCACACUUACCAGGAUAUUCACACAUGACACUCCUGUGCAAGUAGAAAAGAAUCCUGAAAACUGGACAGAAGCUUCCAUUAAACCAACAUUGGUUUAUUUAGGCAAAAUUUAGCAAUGAGCACCAUUGGUCAAGAGCUAAAUAUGCUUUCUAUACAGAUAACAUUUUAGUACAAGGUACGUUAAUCACAAAAACACAAUUUAAACAUAAGAAAAAUACAAUGCUAAGCUAAUGAUUUAUACUUGGCUAUCUGUUUACUCACAAAUAAUACAGAUCAUAUCCUGUUAAAGCGAAUUCCGAAGUAACAAUAUUUUCAGAAUAACAAAUACUUUUUGUUUGCCCGGACAAACAUUCAUACAACCUCAUGUUUAACGGAUUUCGUUUUAGGGAAAUGUAAAUUUCAGUAUAACAGGUGUUUUUUUUUCUUUCUAAAAAUGGCCACAGAAGGUAAUAAUGCAGUGCAAAAAAUGCUUAAUGUUGUGUCUAUACUUUCGCCAAAUCUUGGGAAACCCUGCAACAGGCUUGUCUCUUUCUUGUUAGACCAAAAGAAAGUGACAAUUUGUUGCGAAAUUUCCGGUCACAGCAAUAUCAGCAAGACGUAACAUCAUACAGGUAUAGUUGAAUUCUAAGUCAGUGCUCCACUGAGCGUCUGCAUGAUAGUUGUGUCAUGUGUGGAUACUGUACUGUUCAAGCUUCAUAGCGUUUUCUUUGCGAUGAACAAAAAAGCGAGAAACUGUCGGUUUACACUGGGGAAAAAAAAUCUCAUUUUCGUUCUGUAUUCAUACCUGUAUUUCUGUAUGAAAAAAAGUUACAUCUAACGUCUAAUUUUUCAAAUAAAAUUUUUUUCGCUGUUUAAGAAUCACUUUUUUUAUAUAUAGAUAUUGUCAAUUUUUGGACACUGGGUUGCACAAGAGAGAGGAAGGGGAGUCUAGGUUUCCAAGGAAUAUAGAGAAGGCAGGUACAGUCUCAAGACUUCAUUCAAAAUAGGAGGUGGUACUUCAGUAGUCAAGUUCAUAAUAGCUGUGAUACAUGGGAUAUUGUCCUGUUUUAGCACCCAUCUUCAGAAGAACCAUCGGCAACUUGGAAUCUCUGCUGUGGCAGACCAGGAGAGUUUGAGGAAGAGCAGGUCAAAGCCUGGUGUUAAAUGUUCUAAAUAUGUUGCGACUAGCGCCUUAGGCAGUAAGCCUGAUUCUGCAGAGAACAACCAAUUGCUUUGCCCUUAGUUUACUGUUUACCAGAUGCAGCUGAGCAGCUAUGGAGCUGUUCUUGUGCUGCCUUGGCAUAUGACAGAGAACAGAGCCAGAUAUUUAGCAAUGCUUUUUAAAGGGUGAAAUCCUCUUUAAAGCAUUUCACAUGUUUUCAGCACAACUUUUAGUCAUAAUUUUGCUUUAGUGAAUUCUGGCCUUUUUUGAAAUUAAUGCAAUUCUUAAUUUUUCUCAAGGUGGCAUGAAGAAAUGCUGGAGUCCACCUGCCAUUGAUUUCACAAAUGUUUCACUGCCACUUAACUGCCACAUCCCAGUUCGUCAUAGGAAGUUAUUUCAUUUAAUUACCUGGAAGGGAAUGUAAGAUGGAACCAUAUUCUCCAUGUGGACAGAGAGUAGCCUGAUUUAACAACUUUUUUUUUUCUUUAUUGAAAAUACUACCAAAGCAAACAAAUUAAUUACUUAAGAUUUGGUCAUUGGUAUCCUUAAGUGUAUUACUUGUCUCAACAUCAGAGUGUCAUAUGUAAGGCUAUUGUGACAUUUUCAGUGCUUUGCCCAGCAAUUUUUAAUAUUUCGUUCACAUAUAAGUAUAGCUGGUAAGUUUCUGAUAAUUAUUCCAAAUGUCUGCAUGGGAAGUUGAGCUAUGUUCUUAGAACCUUUCCGAAGUGUCUGAAUGAAAUAUUAGGACAGCUUAGCUAUUAGCUGAACAAAGAAACCUAGUGGGCUGAAUCGUCUCCUCUAUUUUGUCAAAUUUCUUAUGUUCUUAUGUUAUCAUAUGCCCUUUAACUAGCAGUAAAUUCCUGAAAUGUCCCACAUUGACCUAGUAGAUUACAGAUACUACCCUGGAGAAGGAAAGGGGAUUUACUUCUGUAGGGCCAUUGCUGUUAUAAGAGUUUUUCUCAUUAUGUAGUUUUGUAAAAUCACAUAAUCAUCAGAAAGAUUCCUGAGAUUUCAAAAUUUCAUUUUACAAACAAGGAACAAAAUGAUUCUCUUUUCUAUGACAUGUGUUAAAUUUAAUACCUUAAAGGGAUACUGUACUCGUUUUAAAUCCAGUUCUUUAAAGAGUUUGGAGCUAAUGGACAGUCUUGCAUUGUCAGUGCUCAGCGAGUCAGUUUAGAAUUUUCUUUUUACCUUUCAUCCUUUAAUUUUAGUGUUUAAACACUUCCUCCAGUUUAAAAAGUUACAAUUUUGCUGCUUUUUACUCUUAAAAGCUCUGAUAAAUUAUUUACUGCCUGAUUACUUGUUUUAAUUCAUAAGAUAUUGGAUUACAAGUAAGAUAAGCAAAAGUUUGAUCCAAAGUAGCAGUGUUGCCAUUUCUGAAGCAAUCCUCUGCCAGUAAACAGGCACUUGAUUGGCAUGUCUAACAUAUGGAUUGGGCCAAUGAGGUUGUGGUUUAGGUAUGAUAAAUACAAUGUAGUACUGGCUCUGUUCAUAUCAUGUUUUCUACAUAUAUGCACAUUUUUGAUUUUUAUAUUGCUUAUUUUGAGUUUUUAUGAUGCAGAUUGAGCAUGGGAAAGGUGCUAUGUAAAUAAAAUGUUUAGUUAUUAUUAUUUGAAUUAGGAAAACAAAUGUGUAGAGUGAUAAAGGAUGCUUAGUUUUAUGUAAAUAGCACCUCCACAUGUGAACAUUUUUAGAUCACUUUGAUAUGUCAUAUCUUGGGAAGUUGUUAUUCAAUAUCCCAAGGUAAACAAAUGUGUAUCCUGUCAAUAAGACGCCAUGGGCAAUGUAUCCUUCUUAAGAACCUGGCAUUGUGCAUCACUGAAGAAAUACAAGGAAAUUCUCUGAAGAGUUCUUCUUAGCACAGAUGAAGAAUAUGAUUAUUACUGACUCGCAGUUGAUUUUAAGGAAUUAAUCUAUGCAGUUACUAAGUUAAAGGUUGUAUGGAAUAGUGUUUUCAGCAUUUGAUCUCUUCUGUCGGCCAUAUGCUACAAAACUAGUUGUCAAUUUAUAAGAGGUGAAGAUUAGUAUACUGUAUUCCAGAGCUAGGGAUUUAAGUUUUCUUCUUACUUAGUACUUAUUAAUCAGUUUUUCCAAUUACUGUAUCACUUAAUGAAGAAGCCCUUAACUUCAAGUUGGAACAAAAGUGCAAGUGUGAUUUGUAAAGCUCCUAUCUUGUGUAUGUAUGUUGAAAUGUAAACCAUAUUUGUAUAAUUAAUAUUUGAUGACAUAAUAAAAUUUAAUUUCUUUAGUUUAUAGUGGGAUGACAUUUUUGAGCACAAGCCAUUUUGUCAUUUAUAGCUUAUGUUAACAAGUUUUAUUUCAUUCUUGAUUAUCUCUUUCAUUAUCUUUAUUUACAAUUUUAAUUCUAUGAGUACAGUGAUCGCCUGCUAUGUCGUGGUUCAGCUAUCGUGCCCCCGCUAUAUCGCGGAAAAAUUCAGUAAGUACAUCCUACCUGUAGUGUACUUUGCAGCCAGUUCAUAAUAAAGCAUACGGUUUUCAGCAGUCACUACGUGUGCUAGACAAAAGUUCGUUAGAACAAUAUUAUAAUUUAUAAUAACUAACGUAUACGUAACAUUUAAGCAGUGCACUAGUAAAUCAUAAAACAUACUGCUAUGUACAGGAAUACAUAGACAGUUGCAAUUCAUAACGAAAUGUACAUACGCUUUUCAUUUGUCACUACGCGUGCUAGACAGUAAAUCAUUAAAUAUACAUAUAUUGUACACAACGGUAGACGUCCCAGUACCCAGAUGAUUUCUUACAAGGCCCGUUAUUGGCUGAAAGAGGAGAUUCAACCAAUCAGAGUGGGAUUUUCAUUCUCUUGGGCUCUGAUUGGCUCCUGCUAACGUGGUGUAAUCUCGCAAGAACAGCAAGCGUGGGUCCCUGACGCAUCUCAGUUCUCUGCGUACCUUGCUUGUGGUCCGAUUGUUGUGAGCAAACUUUUUGUGAACUUUUCAUUUUGUUUUAAGCCCUACGAUGGCUUCCAAACGUCCUUCAUCUUCUAAGCCUUCUUGUAGUAGUGAGCCUAAGUGCCAGAGGAAGACCUUGACCAUUCAGGAGAAGGUAAAACUCCUGGAUAUGCUUCGGGAAGGAAAGCAUUACGCAGACGUCGCUCAACAUUACAUGUGUUUAAAGCGUGUGGUGGGGUGUUUUAAGGCUUAAACUAUAUUUAAAAAAAAUGCUUAUUUGUAUGGCCUUUCUAUAUCGCAAAUUUUCAGCUAUCGCUGAAGGGUCUGGAACAUAACUUCCGUGAUAGGCAGGGGAUCACUGUAAUCACAUUUGUUUCCUCAAAAGUCAUCAAAGUUCAGGGACAUAUGAAGAACCUUAGCUGCAAGGGGCUUGUAGUCAUGAUGAAAAUGUACUUUAUCACAUACCAUACGUAUACAUGUCAACAGUUUAUCAUUGUACAUUGACAGGAAACUGCUGCAGUCUCAACAAGAACUUGAAUUUCAAUUAAUAAUGAUUUUAUAUUGUGCUUUUUUAAAUCUGUGUGAUACUGGUAAGAUUAAAUGUAUUUUUAUGGCACCUUUAAUAAUAAUCAUUAUUUCAGUUUGCAUCACAAAACAUUAACUCUUCUAGGUAAGGUAUAAACAUCUAGAACAGUGGUGUCGAUUGCAUGGCCUGUCCAGUAUACAAUGUCAAGAUGAAAGCUGUGUGUGUGCAGCUUGAAAGAUGAGAUGAUAAUGUGAAGGUUUUCUUUUAUGCGUCAGGUAAGCACCCCACAGCCAAACAGGCCAACACAUAUUUUCUAAAUUUCUGUCAUGGCUAAUAAUUACACGAAGUGUGAUUCUUCAGUUGUUUAGUUUCUUAAACUUUGCCAAAAAUGAAAGCACACCAUAAACUUAAAAAUUAAUACCUUUAGUUUAUAAGCUAAGAAAUCUUUACAACAAGUGUUUUGAAGUCUAAUGUAGUAUUCUAAAAGUUACUUGGAAAUCAAUGGCAGUGAAUAAAACUAAAAAAAGUUAAAAGAAUUUCUUGGAGAGAUGCACAUGGGUGGGACAAUGCAGCAGGAGACGGUCUUGUCACUUGUAUUUGAGAUGUGUCCCUUUAGAAGCUUUCAACAUGAGCACCAUUUGUUGUUCCGUAAGAAACCGUUGUAACACUACGUAGAUUGAACUACAGGGCCAGUGCUUGAGCGGACUUGAUUAGCACACCAACUCUUUAGAUAUCAGUGAGGAAAAUGUCUUACUUUGUAGCCGUUUGACAUGGGGUUUGGGCUGGCAUGCUCAUGAUCUGUGUCACUGACAGGGGUGUGUAUAUUUAGAUGGCUACACAGUUAGUAAAGCUCAUUGACUAUGAUAUCUUGCUCAGAAGGGGUAAGGAGAAAAGGGCUAAAAGUCUGUAUAAAUUAUAGUGUAAAAAUAAUUAUUACAUGUCUGGUGAAGUUUACAUGUAUAUUUAGGAAUAAAAUCCAUGCCGUAUUUUAUAAAAGUACAGGAUUAGUGUAUUAAUUCUGUGCAUUGAAAACAGUAAGUACUCCUCUCUACUGUAUAAUUAUAGAAAAGAAAAAUGUGGUAAUGAAACUGUCAAACUGAAUUUCAAUCUAAUAUGCAUUGCACAUAAUCUAAGCAACACACAGUUAGGUACUUGAAAACACUUUCCUCUUGAUUUUUCUCACUGAUACUGAAUAAGUAGGUCAGAAUUAGAAGCACACGUUUGCAUGUUAUAUAUUGCACAGAAAGGAAUAGAAGAUAAUGUCAGCAAGUAUGCAAUUAAGUUUGGCUUAACUUAGGACAAUAAGAGGAAGAGUUAGAGAAAUACUACUUUUUCAGGUAAUAUCAAGAAACACUUUUAUGAGUGUUCAAGAAAAGCAUGCUUAAAUAAAAUUGUAGUUGGGCUGGUGUGAGUGGUUGGCUAAUGCAUGAAACUGAAUGUGGGUUUCAAUUAAAUUUUUUUUAGCUACACAAUUGUUAAUAAAUUUUGAAAAGUAUUGGAAGGCACAGUGGAUUGCCCUGCUGCCUCAAGGUUCGGUGUCGUGGGUUUAGAUCCCAUACCUGGGUGGAGUUUGCAUGUUCUCACCACGUGUAUGUAGCUGUAUGUGGGCUUUGGAAAGUCAUUCAGGUAAAGCUAGAUUAGCUGGUGUUUGUGUUGACGUGAGUGGGUCAAGUGAUAGCUGUUUCCAAAGUCUGCCUGGAUUGCUACAACCCGCACACACACAUUCCCCCCAAUUCAAAAAACAUGACCCUGAUUUAGAUUUAAAUUCAAAACAUACACUGAGCAUGGUACUUAUUUAAUUUAUUUUCUAAUUUGAAAAUCCCAACUUUUAUUUCUAUUACCUCAGUACCUACACAAAUUAGCAGAACGUGCACUUCCCUUCUAAUAGAUCAUCAAAGUAGUCAAUUAUACAAUACAGCGUUUCCACAAGCUGUAAGAUUAAGCUAUUUUUCCACAGUUUCACAAACCAUCUUUGAUUUCGUAGUGACAAUCUCUGAUAACAGAAAGGUAAGCACUUACCAAAGGAUUAGUCUCUUUUUAUAAUCUCAAGUGAGCAUAGAGCAUUAACACAUUCUGUUCCAAAAUGAAAACUUACUAGGACCUUGUAAAUAGAGGAUCAUUUCAGCCACUGAUCUGUAAGUGUUCUUUGUAAAGUUCAUUUUCUGUAGAUGUACCCAAUUGAUAACUAAAGCUACACUGUUGCAGACUCUAAACGUAUUUUUAAAAUCACCAUUUUUUGUUUACUACUUUGUUUUUUCUAUUCUUCUAAAGUUAUUGCUCUGGUAAAAUCACUUAGCCUUUACUGAUGUUUUGUAAUCGAGGGAACAAAUGUGCAUUGUGAGGAGUGAAAUACCUUACACAUAGCCAUUAAUUUAUUUGAAUACUGCUCUACCUUUUGGCGGUGUUCUUCUAAAUUCUCAUCACUAUAAGUUUUAACUCCUCUCUAAUAUUGGUAAGAUGUAGAAAUGAAUGCAUAAACCUCACUCCCCAGCUGUGUCCCCAUUGUACAAUGUAAUGGCAUGUGUCAAGAUGCAGGACAAGUUGAAGGGCUGUUUGGUUUUGUUGUGUAGCUUAAAAUGUGAUUGGUUUUUUGAAGGAAUGAUGCAAGUACUGCAUAUGUCAUGUUGAUUAUGGGGUGAGGAUUUGAACAAACAAUAUUUUUUUUUUUUCCUAUAAUACAGUCCGUUACAAUGUUUGUAUUCUGAAUUUUUACAGACUGUGUUCUUUUUCACAAUUGUCAUAACAAAUAAAUAUUUUGAUACCA